AUGCCCAGCACUAAGAAGACCAAGACGUCCGAGGUUACUGGCAUUUCCACCACGGACUACCAAUACGUGCCGGAGGAGUUUGGAGACCAUCAUGGCAAACAUGAUGUCUGGGUGGCCGAGAUCCCGUUCAUCGGGUUGAAGACCUUCACGUGUGACACCUCAGGUGACCUCAAGCUGGAUGACCUGAAAAGAUGGAUCUCUGAGCUGGAGGUGCCGAACGGGCAGGCCCCACCGUCGUUCGCAGGCAAGAAGAUCCGGGACGUGAUCCCACUGGGGCAUUGGGGGUUCCACUCCACAAUGAGGUCCACACCGUACGACAUGCCAAUCAAGGCAUUGACACCUCAGGAUAUGCCUCUGAAAUUUUCAUGGCACUGGUGGAGCGCAAGCUACAAGGAGCACGGUGAAGACUGGGAGUUCGCCCAGUGGCGCUGA